CGAAAUUUUAUAAAUAUGUUCCUUACGAGAUAUUCCUAUAUUGAGAGUUGAAGGAAACACCCUGUAUAAUACGUAUUUAUGCAUAUGUAAGCAUGUACGUGUAUCCUAUUUUAGAAUAUCAAUCUCAUCCUAUCGAAAUAUUUUUCCACCAAAGCAACCUUGCGGAUAAAAUGGAGAGACAAAUGCGUGAGUUUCCAUAAGGGUACAGCCAGAUCCCAGCUAAUACUCACACGCAUCGGUUCGGCCAUCUGCCAUUAUCAUUUUGCUAACUAACUUAGUAACUUCGUUUUCGUGACUACAUAUGUUUCGAUACGAAUAUAGUGUGAAGUUUAAUUUUUCUUAGAAAUAAUUAAAGUGUUAUUGAAAUAUAUCUACUGAUUUUUAAUCAAUUGUAUUAAUGGACAGAUUGUUUAAUCAUACCAUUAUUCAGCGAUUAAUACUAAUUAAGUUUGCUAUUACUAUUCUUACAUAUGUCUAUGUUAACGCCGGAAAUUAUCAAAACGAAUGGGUUUUGCGAAUCAAUGGUGGUGCGGAUGUAGCAUCUCUGCUGGCAAAACGAUUCGAUUAUACUUAUCUUGGCCCGGUUCGUGGAUUCGAAGACACGUAUAUAUGGAUUAAGAAUGAUAAACCAGGUCAAAAGAAAAGAGGCUACGUUUCGUCAACGGCAACCUUUAAUUCGAGCUCCAGGAUCAGUUGGGCCGAGCAGCAGAAAAUCGUACGUCGAGAGAAACGUGACUACGUGUCUCCAUUGAUAUUUGAUUCAGAGAAACCUUUGAGGCGAGAAAAACGUCUCCCAUGGAGUUUAUAUGGAAUAUUAUCGAAUACGAUCGAGGGCGAUGAGAGAAAACAUCCAUCUGUUUAUUUGACGAAUACAUAUAAUCUAAAUCGCAAAGCUUUAUUUAACGAUGAGCUUUGGGACUUAGAAUGGUAUUUGCAAGAUACUAGGACGAGCAAGAAACUUCCAAAAUUAGAUCUCAACGUGUUGCCAGUUUAUGAGUUGGGAGUGACUGGACGUGGAGUGAGAAUCGCCGUUUUAGACGAUGGCCUGGAACACGAUCAUGAUGAUUUACGUAAUAAUUAUGAUCCGGAUAUCAGUUACAACGUGAACGAAGGUAGCAACGAUCCAAUGCCACGAUACGAAGCCACGGGAGCAAACGCCCACGGAACAAGAUGUGCCGGUGAAAUAGCAAUGGAAGCAAAUAAUGGAAAGUGUGGAGUUGGUGUGGCUUUCGAAGCGUCCAUAGGUGGAAUCAAAUUACUCGAUGGUCUUGUGAACGAUCGAGUCGAGGGUGAAGCACUUGGAUUCAAGCCGGAAAUCGUUGAUAUCUAUACGGCUUCCUGGGGACCACCGGACGAUGGAAAAAGUUUGGAAGCUCCUGGAAGACUCGCGAAAGAAGCGAUCGAUCGUGGUAUCAGUAAGGGAAGAAAUGGUAAAGGUAGUAUAUACGUAUGGGCGUCGGGUAACGGUGGAUCAAACUAUGAUAAUUGUGGAUGUGACGGUUACGUUGGUAGUAUAUAUACCGUGGCAAUUGGAUCGGCAAGUCAAACUGGUCGAUCUCCUUGGUACAGUGAAAAAUGUCCUGCGAUAUUAGCGACCACGUAUAGCAGUGGAGCGUAUCAAGAUCAAAUGAUCGCGACGACUGAUCUACGAAACACUUGUACAACUAAACACACUGGCACUUCUGCUUCUGCACCCUUAGCAGCUGGUAUAUUAGCUCUUGCUCUUCAAGCGAACAAAAACUUAACGUGGAGGGACAUUCAACAUCUGAUCGUUUGGACAUCUGAGUAUAGAUCAUUAAAUGAAAAUCCUGGAUGGUUAAAGAAUGCAGCAGGGUUUUGGUACAAUUUACAUUUCGGUUUUGGUCUUAUGAAUGCGUACGCCCUCGUGAAUUUCGCACGUAAUUGGACGAACGUGCCUGAGAAGAACAUAUGCGAAGUCCCCAUGGAAUUUGUAUUGGAUAGGAGAUUGAUUCACGGAGUGGUUAAAACAUUAUAUUUUGAAGCAAACAACAAAUGUUCGAGUAACGGAAAUGAGAUAGGUUUUUUAGAGCACGUCGAGAUUGAGGUGAAUCUCGAAUAUACUCGUCGUGGGGUUUUGGAAAUGUAUUUGAUUGCGCCGUCAGGUACGAAAGUACAAUUAUUGGGUCCGAGAAAAUUGGAUGAUUCUUCUGAAGGUUUCAACAAAUGGAAAUUCAUGUCCGUGGCUUCUUGGGGCGAAGAUCCUCAUGGUACUUGGAUCCUACACAUAUUCGACAAGAUUGGCUCAACGAGAUACAAUGGUACAAUCAGGGAAUUAAAAUUAAUUCUUCACGGUACAAAACGGCUUCCGCAUUAUCGAGAAUACGAGUCGAAAAUUUACGAUCGUGAAUACAAUCGCAAACGGAAAGUCAUGAGUAAAAUGAGUGCUUUUCGAACGGACGAAGAAAAAAGGAAAAAAGCAAACCUUUGGUAAAACGAAAACUACGUCGGCUCUUUAUACUCGAUCUUUCGAACGGAAGUCGAUCGAACGUUUGACCGAAUUAAAUUUAAAUCCAUGUUUCUCAUCCCUUCUUUCGCUCUCUUGCAGAAUUUAUAUCUCCGUUGGAGUGGGAAUGAACGCAUUCAUAUUCGUUUAAAUGAAUUGUAACGCUGAAUCUUCGAAAAAGAAACUAUUUAAUUAAAAUAAAAAAAUAAAAACGAAAAGAAGAACAAGAA